AUGUUCACUGCCCAUUUCGUCACUAGUAAGAAGUGCCCAAAAUCACAAGAAAGCCUUCUGAAUGUGGUCGAGAGGAAGAACGAACCAAUUCAAAGCUACAUCAAGCAUUUCAAUGAAGAAUGUCUACAGAUACCUGACCUUGAUCCUGUCGUGCGCCUCACUGCAGCACGAAAGGGAAUAAAGCACAAGGAGUUCAUGUGGUACAUCGGAGUACAUUGCCCAAGGACGAUUGAGGAGUUCCUUGACCUUGCCGAGCGAUUCAUGAGUACAGAAGAAGCUCUCGGCCCAAAGGCAGAAAUCCAACAAGGUGAGAAGAGGAAGAGACAAGACGAAGGAGCAAGCAGCAACAAGUACAGGCGAAAGAAGAGUAAGUCGCCGAAGAGAAGUAAGUCUCCCUGUCAAAGAAGCAAGUCACCAUCUAGGGGUUCUACGUCAGGUCGGCAAUCUAGGACCCCUCCUGUUAAGAGAACAUCUUACACCCCCCUCAAUGCAAAGCGAGGUGAGAUCCUGAUGGCGAUCAAGGAUUAUUUGUUUGUCAAGUGGCCACCUAGGAUAUGGGGAGAUCCGGUGACCAAGAACUUGAAUGUCUACUAUGACUUUCAUUGCGACAUCGGGCACAACAUUGAGAACUGCCAGAACCUUCGCGACGAGAUUGAAGAGCUGAUCCACCAUGAGUAUUUGAAGAAAUACAUUAAGCAUGAGAAUAGGGAGUCAUCAAACUGA